UGGUACCCGUCGAGUAAAUGAAACUUUUUAAUUGAAAUGUGAAAUAAAUCAAUAUAUUUAAUAAAUAAAUAAGCAAAUUUAACAAUCGACUAAAGAUAAACCAUUAACUGACUGAAAUCGACUGUUUCUGACCACCAUAAACCGUUUGGCGAUAAAUCCCAAUCAGAAUCGGAUCCAAUCAGAACGGGUCGUGUUUGUUUUAUGCUAAAAUCAGUAAUUAACGAAUUCCAGCAGCUCGGUGGCCGCCCUGGAGUGCGAAUUGUGACUUGGGAGUGUUGUGGCAAGCGGUGAAGAUAAUGGCAAGGCUCAAGCGCUGAUUGUGGCAGCGGAAAAUUGAAAAAUCGGUGCUUGCAAAAUGCAUCUCUAACAACAACAAAACAAGGCAUAUUCAACACCAAACAACAACUACAACGAAGUAGCAACUGCAACAGAAGCAACAACAACAUCUAACAAAAAAAAACCAAAAAAAAAAAAGCGAAAACUUUUUGGAGUUGUUCACUGGCUGGAUGUUUUUUUGUUUGUUUUUUAUGUUGGUUUUUGGAGGGCAGUAGGCGAAGGAGCAGCAGAAACAGGACACAACUCAUCAAUAUUCGAAAAAGCAAUUGAGUCGAGGCAUCAAUUCAUCAAUUAUUCAAAAUGACCGAAGACGAAAUUCUCUUUGACGACGUCUACGAGCUGUGCGAGGUCAUUGGCAAAGGUCCUUUCUCCAUCGUGAGGCGAUGCAUACACAGGGAGUCCAAUCAGCAGUUUGCUGUCAAAAUCGUUGAUGUGGCCAAGUUCACAGCGAGUCCGGGACUGAGCACAGCGGAUCUGAAGCGCGAGGCCACAAUAUGUCACAUGUUGAAGCAUCCGCACAUCGUGGAGCUUCUGGAGACCUACAGCUCCGAGGGAAUGCUCUACAUGGUCUUCGAGUUCAUGGAGGGCUCUGACUUGUGCUUCGAGGUUGUGCGACGGGCUGUUGCAGGAUUCGUCUACAGCGAGGCAGUCGCCUGCCACUACAUGCGGCAGAUCUUGGAGGCUCUCCGCUAUUGCCACGAGAACGAUAUCCUGCACAGGGACGUGCGUCCCGCCUGCGCCCUUCUCGCCACCGUCGACAACUCGGCGCCAGUGAAGCUGGGCGGCUUCGGGUCCGCCAUCCAGCUGCCCGGAACACGGGAAACCAUAGAAACACACGGACGCGUCGGCUGUCCGCAUUACAUGGCGCCGGAGGUGGUUACCAGGCGGCUGUAUGGAAAAGGAUGCGACGUGUGGGGCGCCGGAGUGAUGCUGCAUGUCCUGCUCUCCGGCAGGCUGCCCUUUCUAGGAUCUGGAGUGCGAUUGCAGCAAUCGAUAGCACGCGGUCGGUUAUCGUUUGAGGCGCCCGAGUGGAAGUCAAUCUCGGCCAAUGCCAAGGAUCUAGUCAUGAAAAUGCUGGCAGCCAAUCCACAUCACAGGCUCUCGAUCACCGAGGUGCUAGAUCAUCCCUGGAUACGGGAUCGGGACAAACUGCAGCGCACCCACUUGGCGGACACGGUGGAGGAAUUGAAGCGUUAUAAUGCCCGGCGCAAGCUCAAGGGCGCCGUUCAGGCCAUAGCAGGAGGCACCAAUAUGGAUCCCCUUUACGCCACUGAUGCUGAUAUGCCCAUUGCCGCCGCCACGGAAGAAUGGGCCGACGAGGAGGCUGGCAUUGAGGCAGUGCAGCGCAUCCUGGAUUGCUUGGACGACAUAUAUUCGCUGCAGGACGCUCAUGUAGACGCCGAUGUGCUGAGGGACAUGCUGCGCGACAGUCGGCUGCACCAGUUUCUGCAACUAUUCGACAGGAUUGCCGCCUCCGUGGUGACCAGCAACGGCAGGGCGCCGGCAGCCGAGGCCGUGGGUCGCAGUCGCGAAGUCCUGGACUUGCUAUCGUCGAACGCCGGCGGCAACUCUCUGGCUGGCAAGUAUGCCAAGGACGAGCUGCUCCAGCUCCUCGCCGCCCCCCACAUGCAGGCACUGCUUCAUAGCCACGAUGUGGUGGCCCGGGACGUUUACGGGGAGGAGGCGCUGCGCGUCACGCCGCCCCCGAUGGUGCCCUACCUCAACGGGGACGAACUGGACAACGUCGAGGGUGGGGAACUGCAGCAUGUGACCCGAGUGCGGUUGGUGCAGUUCCAAAAGAACACGGACGAGCCAAUGGGCAUCACGCUGAAGAUGACCGAGGACGGGCGGUGCAUUGUGGCCAGGAUUAUGCACGGCGGGAUGAUUCAUCGCCAGGCCACGCUCCACGUAGGGGACGAGAUUCGGGAGAUCAACGGCCAGCCGGUGCAGCACCAGUCGGUGGGGCAACUGCAACGAAUGCUGCGCGAGGCACGCGGUUCUGUUACCUUCAAGAUAGUUCCUUCGUACCGCAGCGCUCCGCCCCCCUGCGAGAUUUUCGUGCGCGCACAAUUCGAUUAUAAUCCGCUGGAUGAUGAGCUUAUACCCUGUGCCCAGGCGGGCAUAUCGUUCCAAGUGGGCGACAUACUGCAGAUCAUUAGCAAAGACGAUCAUCACUGGUGGCAGGCGCGACUGGACACUGUGGGCGGAUCGGCAGGACUGAUACCGUCGCCGGAGCUGCAGGAGUGGCGGAUCGCCUGCCAGACGGUCGACAAGACCAAGCAGGAGCAGGGAGAGCCGGGUGCUGGAUGUUCCGCUCACGCAGAUGGGUGUGAUGGAUCAGCAGUUAAUUGCUCCAUCUUCGGGCGCAAGAAGAAGCAGUGCCGGGACAAGUAUCUGGCCAAGCACAAUGCCAUCUUCGACACGCUCGAUGUGGUCACGUACGAAGAGGUUGUCAAGGUGCCAGUUGGAGACCCGAACUUCCAGCGAAAGACAUUGGUGCUAUUGGGUGCCCAUGGAGUGGGCAGGCGGCACAUCAAGAACACCUUGAUUUCCAAGUACCCGGACAAGUACGCCUAUCCCAUUCCACAUACAACGAGACCUGCUAAGCCCGAGGAGGAGAAUGGACGCAGCUAUUACUUUGUUUCGCACGACGAAAUGAUGGCCGAUAUCGGAGCGAAUGAGUACUUGGAAUACGGCACCCACGAGGAUGCCAUGUACGGCACCAAGCUGGAUACCAUCCGGCGCAUCCACACCGAGGGAAAGAUGGCCAUAUUGGAUGUCGAGCCGCAGGCGCUGAAGAUUCUCCGCACCGCGGAGUUCACCCCUUAUGUCGUCUUCAUAGCCGCACCUUCGCUGCAGAACAUAGCAGACUACGAUGGCAGCCUGGAGCGACUGGCCAAGGAGUCGGACAUGCUGCGGCAGUUGUACGGCCAUUUCUUCGACCUGACCAUUGUGAACAACGACAUCAGCGAGACGAUUGCUACCCUGGAGACGGCCAUCGAAAGGGUGCACACCACCCCGCAGUGGGUGCCCGUGUCCUGGCUCUACUGACAAGACAGCGAGCUUGAAUGCCCCGACUGCCUCGAGGGCUGUGACUGCGAGUGGGACGCCUACACGCAGGCCUCCAAUGUGGCGCUCUACUGAGGCACUAACGCACCACAUCACCACAAGACACACAAUGACACCAUAGCACACCACACCACACACCACGACACCGUGAAGUAUUACCAAGGCACAAACAACAGCAACAGAUGCAACAUGCAACAGCAACCACUACGAGAUGACAGUGAGGAUAGGAGGCGCCUGGCGCCGAGCUAUAUAAUUUAAGAAUGGAAGGGUAUUAUGGGAACUGCGGUCGCAACGCAAGACACAAAGGUGUUGAUUGUCAAACAACCAAUUGUAAUUGCCUCUAUAUGGUUUACGUUUAAUUGUAAUAAUUUUAAAAUGUUUUCCAUCCCAGAUAGGGUGAGAGACAGAGGUCUCUACCUAUAGGGGGCUAGGAAAGAUUGUAUUGCCAAUUGUAUUGCCAUUCCAAGUGGCCUUAGAAGGCCUCCGUUCAUUGUGUUAUUUUACCACUAUUAUAUUGUUUUGUUGUAUUUAUGUUUUUAUUGACAUUUAGUCAGAACAGCAUUAAACGCUUAUGUAAAUCUUGCACUUGUUAGUGUCUAAGUUAACUGUGGAGGCAGAAGAAUCGAAGGCCCAGAUGAAACCGAAGCACUCCACUCCAAUUGUUUUUAAAUAGAGGAUUAUUUAUGGAGGGAAUCUUGUGAGUGAGGAGAGCGGCGUUGAACGAGUUAGUAAAUUAUAGAGAAAACUACGUAAUUAAAUAUAAUUAAAAUAGACACAGGAGACAUAACAUAACAGCAACCAGAAGAAAGAGUUAGGAUGUGAGCAAUUUCAAGUGUUUCAAGCCAAGUAAUACAUAAUUAAUUACUUACGGAGGGACGAGGAGCGUAAGGUGCACAUUUUAAAUGCAAUAAACAUAACGAAUAGUACAGAAAACAAAAGGGAUUCCAGUCACCACACUUACACUCGAAGAAACCGAGCAGCAUAUACACGAAACUAAUUACCAGAUUGUUGACGUUUAAUUGAAUUCAAUGAGAAAUGAGUAUGAUAACGAAAAAAACAUAAGAAAUGCAAUCAAACAUAAUAAAAUGAUAAAUUGCAGCAGAGUUUAAUUCAAGCAAAAAAUAAAAACAAAAUAAAAUGCAAAAGCAAAUUAAACAAAUGGAAAAACAUAGAGUGAGCACUAAACACACAUACUAACAGCAAUUACGAAUUAAAAUAAUUAGCAAAGGUCGCGAAGAGAUUGCGGGUCAACGCAACACUCACACACCCAGUACACACAUAUACACAAAUAUAUAAAAAAAAAAAUUACAAAAAAAAGAAAAACAUGUAGGAAAAUGAGAAAAUAUGUAUACACACACAUAUAUAUUUUUCGAACAACUCAAACUCAGGUUGGAUACAUUGAAAAUCAGUCAAGUUCAAUAAGAAUAAAUAUAGCGGAGCGCUUCCUUUUAACCCACAGCCAAAGCAGAGACCGACUUACCAAGGUAACCCCCUAAAGGGGUUGAGGAGAAAUUGCGGACGGAAAAUCGGAAAAUCCAUUCCAAUCCAAUCCAGAGAGUGUGCCGGAAGGAGAUGAUGUUAGAUCGCUUUGAAUUCGACUUGAAUUGAAAUCUUACACCCACAGCAGGCCCAGUACCACCCAAGACAAGCAGCAGCUUCAAGUUUUCGAGAUACUUUACACGUGACAAUGUCUUAGCAAUCAGCAGCAAACCACCCUGUUUUUUAUUUUUGGUGCAGCUUAAACCUUGAGACUCUUUAGCGUUUUCCCUUGCUGUAGGUAUCCGACAGAUACAUUCCCCCAAACCCCCUGCCCCGACCCCUUGAACUAAACGAAGGAAAACUGAAUUUAGAUUACGACUACGGAGAGCACAUGCAAUCACUUAUCAAAGUUGAAAAAUUGAACUUAGUAUUUAACUAAAAAAAGAAACCGCUUGGUUCGAGCCCAAAACCGCAACCACACAGCCCACUUGAAUUUCCCAACCACACAACAACCACAACGUACGUAUAUCCAGAACAAUUCUAUGGUUUCAAAAUGGUUGAACAAUUUUGCAGAGUAUUAUCGUUAGACACGCUGGGCAACGUUUUUUUAGUUCAGAGAAGAAGGCAAUGCAAAUCAUAGAAGUGUGUCCCAAAAUCUAACAACCGAUCCUACCCAAAAACCGAAAAAAAAAACCAAAAACAAAUGAAAAGAAAAGAACUAACUACCUACCCACUACCACAAAAGCAGCCGAGUGGCCAAAUUAACUAAGAGUAUUAUUAAUUAUACCUUAAAGAUCGGGGCUGCAGUAAUGGGCUCCCCAGACGAAGCAACAGGCUGGGUGUGCCAAAAAACACCAAUUAAGAGGAAAUCAGUAGAGGAGGAGAAUUGGAGAGUGGAGAGGUCAGGAGAAAUGAUUAGGAGAAUGCUCAAAUCAAAAUCUAAUGUUUUACGAUAUAGGAAAGAUUGAAAAGUAUUAAAAGGGGAAAAAGCAGACAAGAAGCUAGGAUUUCGAAGGACUCGUUUGGUAUUUUUAAUUGAUCCUUUUUCUUAGCCGAUGCGAGCAGAUUGUAGCUGUACUCUAAGAAUAAUUUCACCCUAAGAUUAAGUAAAAAUUUAUUGUUGAUAUUACAUAAAGAAAGGGAAUGAUGAACAUGAAGGCGGAAACCAAAUGAAUUAGAAUUUUUCUCUAAUUUCAUAAGUUAACGAAGGGCAAUGAUAAGAACGGUAAAGAUAACGAUGACGAUGACGAUGAUGCUGAUGAAGAGUUGAUGAUGCUUAUGAUCUCCAAUGUCAAUAUAUGUAGAUUGACGCGAUUUGAGCUAAUUGAGUGAAUUGUUGUUAAAAUAAAUGAAAUGAAAUAAAUGAAAUGAGUGGAGUCGUUCGAUCGAUUCGGGGCGCACAGAGGCCGGUUAGAAAAUAUCAUUUAAAGUAAAUGAUAAAAAUGUCAUUAUAUAUACAUAGUUUAAACAUGGGAUUAAAUAAUAAAAUUCAAAAUGAAACAGAACAAACUGAACGGAAUGAAUGAGAGGAGAUGACGAGGCGGAAAUGCAAAUUAAAUAAAAGCGAGUAAACACUGAAA